AUGAGCCACGCGUGCGCAUCCUGCGGCGGUGACAAGACGCCGUGGCGCCGGGGCUGGACGGUCAAGGCCGGCGAGCGGGCGCUGCUCUGCAACGCGUGCGGGCAGCGGUGGAGCGCGGGUCGGCUUCGGCCCCCAGUCCCCUCGGAACCGCCGAGGAAGAAGAGGAGGAGCUCCCUCCCCGCCGCCGCCGCGCCCGUCCCGAUCGCCGCGCGCGUGGCGCCGCCGUGUUUUAGCCCGCGCGAGAGCGAACCGAUCGACGACGGCGGGAAGGAGGUGGACGGCGCGGACGCGGAGACGCCCCGGCGGGCGACGAGGAGGAGCCUCCCCUCGGGCCACCGCCGACCCUCCGCGGGCGAACCCUUCGAGGGAGAAGACCUCCCCGAGACCUUCCACCCCACCGCGGUGCCCGUGAUCCUCCGCCAACUCGGACCCGGACGCUGGUGCAGGUACGCCGCCUUCCGCGAGCGUCCCCCGAUCCACGAGCGCGGGAAAAGGACGCGAACCUUCGAGCUCGUCGCCGAGGACGGAACCGCGCUCGAAGCCGUCGUCGGAACCGCGUCCGCGUCGAGCAAUCACAAAUACCGGUACGAGGUGUGCAACGGGCUCGUAUCUCUGGCCAUGGACCGGAUGGGCAGGCCGUUCGCGUCUCCGCCGACGCCCGGGCACCUCAGGAACGCCAGGGACGCGUGCGCGUGGCUCCGCGCCGUGGUGCGGGAGAGCGUCUCGGCGGAUCAAUCGUUUUGCGCCGCCGUCGCCGCCGCCGUCGCCGUCGACGCCGCCGUGCGACGGGAGGACCUCGGGGGCACGUGGCGCGCGCUGGAACACGCGUUGGGCCAAAACAUGUGGCGUUGGGCCACCGACACCGCCGGGGAGCUCGCGGUGGCGCGGCUUCACGAGAUGGUUCGCAGAAUCGACGAGGGAGCGGGGAUCGUUCGGGGAAGGAACGCGCUCACUGCCAGGGACGCGGCUGAGAUCGUAUCGGAGCUGAGGUGCGUGUGGAUGCGCGUGGACGGCGGGAUCAACAUGGAGACGCUCGAGGAGACCGGGAUCGCGCGGGCGGUCGCCAAGAUCGCGAGCAUGGAGGGUAAUCGCGCGGCGAGGGAGACUGUCGACGCGGCGAGCGCGAUCUUAAAGGAAUGGCGGGAAACGCAGGCGGGGCUCGUGGCGACGCUCGAGAAUUUCUUGGGAUCCGAGGCGGCUCACGAGCGCGAGGUUUCCGCGUCGCGAUGA